AUGAAGCCUCCUGAUGUUCAAGAGGAUCACAUUUACCUGAAGGCAUUUCCACAUUCAUUGGAGGGAGUUGCUAAAAACUGGCUGUAUUAUUUGGCUCCCAGGUCCAUCACUAGCUGGGAUGUUCUGAAAAGAAUGUUUCUGGAGAAAUUUUUCCCUGCCUCAAGGACCACUGCAAUCAGAAAGGAUAUAUCAGGGAUUAGGCAACUUGGCGGAGAGAGCUUGUAUGAAUACUGGGAGAGAUUUAAAAAAUUAUGUGCAAGCUGUCCCCACCACCAGAUUUCUGAGCAGCUCCUAUUGCAGUACUUUUAUGAGGGCCUCAAUAGCAUGGAGAGGAGUAUGAUUGAUGCUUCCAGUGGAGGAGCUCUUGGUGACAUGACUCCGGCUGAGGCUAGACACUUAAUUGAAAAAAUGGCCUCCAAUUCUCAACAGUUCAGCGCCGGGAAUGAUGCUAUUGUGCUUAGGGGAAUUAAUGAUGUAGCUGCUGACUCUUCUUCAUCUGCAGAUAGGAAGCUUGAAAGGAAGCUUGAUACCUUGGUCAGUUUAGUCACUCAACUUGCCAUGAACCAGAAAUCUUCAUUUUCAUCUGUGGCAAGGGUUUGUGGCAUUUGCACUUCAAAUGACCAUCAUACAGAUUCGUGUCCAUCAUUGCAACAGCCUUCUGAUGUUCAUGCUCCUCAAGCCUAUGCUGCAAAUAUCUACAAUAACAGACCAACGCAGCAACAACAACAACAAAAUUAUGAUCUAUCCUCCAAUAGACACAAUCCUGGUUGGAGAAAUCAUCCCAACUUGAGGUGGGGAAACUCUCAACAACAGCAGCAGCAAAAUCCACCACCUUUCCAGAACCAUCCCUCAAGUUCUUUAUACUAG